CACCGAAGAAGAAAGGAGAGGAAGAAGCCGUGAACCCGCGAUAACACAAGAAGGAUCGAGAAAUUUAAAUUCUUAAUUCUUGCCAGCACGGAGAGUUCAAAUUAGGCAGAAAAUUUGUACUUUACUCGUCAGUGUAAUUUUUAAACUACAAUACCUGCGUUUAUAUAGACGUGUGCAAAAUUACAUGGCAAAACAUUCGUGUUCCAAAUGUUUUAACAGCUGGAAAUUAUCCGCGUUCGUGAAUAAGAAAGUCCAAUGGAAGAAAAUGUGAUGGAGCCGGAUGUGUCCGCAGCACAGCAAGGCAGUGCUAACGCCUGGGAAACUGUCACCGCAGCUCUGGUGUCUCCUGGAUCUUCGGUGUCUGAGGAGAGUCUCACAGAGUCACUGGCCCUGCUGAAUCGUCAUGGACUGAGCGACUUUCUGGGAGGCUGGCUGCUGGAGACUCUGCAGAUGCGCCUGACUGUCAGUGUUGUACCUGAGUUCUGGUCUGGACUGAAGCAGCCAGAGAAUGAACUGGAGGAGAAAGACAGGGCCUGGGUUCUUCUCACUGCCUUCCAGACUCUGUUAGAUAGGCUGGGACCCUUCUUAGAUGGCCUGGAGAGGCUGGGAGCGUGGCAGGAUAAGGGCUUUGGUGGGCUCUGUGGCUCUGGGGCUGAGGGCCUCCAUGAAAGGGCUUUCACCAUCAUUAGGGCCCUGCUGCUGUUCUCUCCCCCUACUGUUCUCCAGGAGAGAGUGUUGGAGUUCUACAGCAGGACCUUCUCCGUCCAUAUGAACCAGGAGGGGGAGGCUGGGGAAGCAGAGGAUGGGGCCGAAGCGGGGGGGUGUCCCGGUUGUGGCGUCCCACCACAGCAGUGCUGGUGUCAGGAGGCUCUGGAGCAACUGCAAGAACUCAGCCACAUACUCUCCAGACUGCGGCUGCUGGAGUGGGUCAGCUCUGAGGCAGUCACCUCCAUCCUCCACAAGCUCAUAGAGCAGCGUAUGGAGCAGCACUGCAGGGGCGAGUAUGAACGCUCCUUCCUACUGGACUUCCAGGAGUGGCUGGAGCUGGUGUUAGGUUGGCUGAGUAGAGUGUUUACCAGCGAGACAAACGGAGGCUGUCCAGUGCCAGUUCCCAGUGCUGCAAGCAGCAGCCGGGCCGGCCAGCCAGCCAGCACCAUCCUGCAGCAAUGGAGAUGCCAUAUGCACCAGUUCUUCUGCAGGAUAUAUGUUAACAUGAGGAUCGAGGAGCUCUUCAGCAUCAUCAGAGAUUUCCCAGAGUCUAAAGCUGCCAUUGAAGAUCUGAAGUUUUGCCUAGAAAGAACAAACCAGAGACAACAACUUCUCACCUCACUGAAAUCAGCUUUUGAGAGCCGCCUGUUGCACCCUGGCGUUCAUACAUCUGACAUCCUCACGGUUUACAUCUCGGCCAUUAAGGCCCUCAGAGAGCUGGAUCCAUCCAUGGUCAUCCUGCAAGUCGCCUGCCAGCCUAUCCGCAAAUACCUCAGGACUCGGGAAGACACGGUGAGGCAGAUUGUAGCCGGUCUGACUGGAGAUGCUGAAGGCUGCAGUGACCUGGCCAGUGAACUGUCCAGAGCUGACCCAGUUACACUGGAGAUGCAGGAAAGCGAUGAUGAGGGCAGCGACCCAGAGGAGUGGACACCAGACCCCACUGAUGCUGUCACCGACAAAACUGGCUCUAAACGGCGUUCCUCGGACAUCAUCAGUCUGCUGGUCAGCAUCUAUGGCAGCAAGGAGAUCUUCAUAGACGAGUACAGGACGGUCCUGGCUGACAGACUGCUGCACCAGCUCAACUACAACACUGCCAGAGAGAUUCGUAAUGUGGAGCUGCUGAAGCUAAGGUUUGGGGAGUCUCACAUGCAUUAUUGUGAGGUGAUGCUGAAGGACAUGGCGGACUCUCGGAGGAUCAACAGUAACAUCCGUGAAGAGGAGUCAAGGCUGGGGGAGGAGGAGCAGCCCCCCCUGUCCUUAUCAGCCAUGAUCCUCUCUUCUGAGUUCUGGCCCCAGCUGAAGGAGGAGAAGCUGGAGCUCCCGCCACUCGUCUGCCAAGCCAUGGAGGCCUAUACACACCGCUAUGAGAAGCUCAAGGCCAUGAGGACGCUGAGCUGGAAGCCUCACCUGGGAUCAGUCACCCUGGAUGUAGAGUUGGAGGACCGAGUGCUCACCAACUUCACCGUCUCCCCCAUCCAUGCUGCCAUCAUCCUGCACUUCCAGGACAAAAGUUCAUGGACACUGGAGGAGCUGAGCGGGAAGUUGGGGGUCCCUAAGGAGACGGUACACAGGAAGCUAGCUCUGUGGCAGCAGCAGGGCGUGCUGAGGGAGGAGGCAGGGGGGCGCUACUCGGUCCUGGAGACGGGCUCAUCCAGAGAGAGGCUUGAGAGGAGCGUCAUGCUGAUCGACAGCGACGAGGAGGGAGACUCCAACACCACCACCCAGUCAGAACAGAGGGAGGAGAAGCUCCAGCUGUUUUGGGCCUACAUCCAGGCUAUGCUGACCAACCUGGAGAGCAUGACGCUGGAUCGCAUCCACUCCAUGCUCAGGAUGUUCGUCGCCACUGGGCCCGUCGUCACGGAAAUGGACGUCAAUGAGCUGGAAGCCUUUCUUCAGAGGAAGGUCAGAGAGCACCAGCUGAUGUUCUCCGCAGGGGUUUACAGACUCCCCAAAUCCAACUGAUCGAGGAGGAGCGGAAGGAGGAGAGAUAAGACAUGACAAACUGUUGUGCUGCAUUCAAAUGUGAGAUGACGGCAAAUAGCGCUCACCUUCAGCUUUCAGGGAAUUUGUGCUAUUCCAGCUUUGCAGAUGGACUCCCGUUGUUGCAUUUUUUUUUUGACAUCACCAACAAGAAAAUACCUAUAUAAUAAUUUCGAUUUAAACCAACAAAAUUGUCAUCAUGUCAUUUUUUGAGAUUAUUCUGGGACCAGAAUUAUGGUACAUGUCCACAGGGGCGUGUGUUUGAUGCAAGGUGCCGUGCCAUUUCCCACAUUUGGAUGCAAGAUGGGCGAGCCACUCCUGAUGGUUGACAGUUGCUGUCUCCUAUAACCGCGUAAAUACUUUAUAACCGCACCCAAUUGGACGAACGUUUCACUUGCGGACUGUCCUCUCCCAGAUUUCAACCAGACCAACAUGGUGACUCUUUUCGAAACUUUGAUAUUACAAACAGUUCACUGAAAUGCGUUUCUGAAAACAUUGUGAGAAAUAAACCUUGCAGUUGCUGAAUUUGUCUUCAUUUCAGAUCAACGAUGGUUUAAAAGUUUUGCGGGAAUCCCUUUCAACUUGAUGUAUAAUACUGAUGUGUACUAUAAAAGGUCAUUGAUGUUUUGUCUUUCA